AUGUUUUUAUUAUUCGCUCUGUAUGCAGUAAUAAUUACUAUUCUAAUCCUCGCUGCUAUCAUCUAUUUCACGCUUAUUCAUAAACAACGACAAUUGUAUAACGCAUUCAGAUCUCAAAAUAUUCCUGGUGAACCAUUUGUACCCAUUUUUGGUCAAUUAAAACAAAUUCGUCAAUAUCAAAAUGCCGAUAAAAGUAUGCAGUGGUAUCUCGAUUUACAGGCGAAACAUGGAAAUUUAUACAUAAUUUCAUUUGGACCACUUGUACGUCUUAUCAUUAUUGAACCAGAAUAUGCGUCUGAUGUAUUGAAAAAAUAUACAAAAUUCUAUGUUAAACCUGCAGUAUUUCGAAAUGUAUUCAAGGAUAUAAUGGGGGAAAAUAAUUUAUUGGUAAGUGCCGGUGAGAAUCAUAAUCGUGCACGUAAGAUGUUGAAUCCAGCAUUUCAUUUUGUUAAUUUACAAUCGAUGAUAUCUAUCAUGACUCAACAGACAGCGUGCGCCAUUGAUAAAUGGUUAAAUAUGAAUGAAAACAACAUUAUCGAUUUACAAGUAGAAUUAAAUUCGUUAACAUUAUCAGUAAUAGCUUCAUCGGCUUUCGGUCAAGCAUUUGAAACAAAUGAACAUGCAAAGAAUGUGAUAACUAAUUCACUCCUCGCUGUUCUUGAUGCUAUUCUAUAUCGUACAAUACAAAUACCAGUGAGUCAAAUACCAUUUUUAGACAAAUUACCUAUAUUAAAAAAAGACGUUAUUCGGCAAGGUUCAAAAGAAAUAUCAGCUGUUGUUGAGCAAAUGAUUAAUGAUCGAAAAGCAGGCAUUAGUCAUAGUUUAUGUGAUGGUAAUGAUCUAUUAGAUUUACUUCUCACAGCGCAAGAUCAAGAUGGAAAUGGAUUCAGUGAUCAACAAGUGAGAGAUGAAGCAAUUACAUUUGUCUUAGCCGGCCAUGAAACAACAGGGAAUCUGUUAGUUUGGUGUAUGUAUCUUCUAAUGGCACAUCCAGACGUUUAUCGUGAUUGUUAUGAGGAAAUCGAACGAGUUUUACAAGGAAAAAUACCUGUUUAUAGCCAAUUGACUGAUUUGCAUAUACUUGAUGCUGUUAUACAUGAAUCAUUACGCCUUUAUCCACCAGCACCUGUUAUUGUCAGAGAAUGCGUUCAAGAACAUUCGAUUGGACCCGAUGAAAAACGAAUUCGUGUGCCUGUUGGUGCCACAAUUUUGUUAAAUAUAUUUGCACUACAUCGAUCGAAUGUUCACUGGAAAGAUCCGUCGCAGUUCAAUUAUAAACGCUGGAUGAGGAAUAGUGACGGUUUGAAACCAAAAUUAGCUCAUCCGUUUUGUUAUUUACCAUUUUCAGCCGGUAAUCGUAAUUGUAUUGGUCAAAAUUUUGCCAUGUUAGAAAGUAAAGUCAUUUUAGCAAUGCUGAUACAACGUCUACAUUUCGAACUUGUACCAGGACAAAAAGUCGCGCCACAACUUCAGAUAACCCUGAGAACAAAAUAUGGCCUAUACGCGAAAGUUAAUCGAAUACUUUAA